UUGGGCUGCGUAAGCAGUUUUAUUUAUAUGUUAUAGUUCUUUUUAGAACAAGAAUAAGCAGUCAGAGAUGUUCGUUUUAAACAACGAAAACACAAAUAAUCAAGCAUCAGCUGUAUUUUGAAACAAAUAUAUGUUCUUAAAUAAUUUAAUGUAAAUAGGAAAUGUCUGCUCCUACUUCAGCUUCUAGCGCAAGAAUAUUGUUCAGUGAAUCUAAAGCGCGUCUUUCGGAUAGAAUUCAAGUAAAUGUCAACAGCACUGGCUCUUUAGCGAAGCAAAUCGUUAAAGGAUCAAAAUCCAAUGAAACUCUCAUGCAUACAGCGAGAAACUUUGCUUUGCAGGAAUAUGCAGUCGAAAAUUCGCAAACGAAUUUAAAACGGAUGCAACUGCUCACCAGUCAUCUGAAUUUGCAGUUAGAUAGCAUUCAAAAGAGUGCAUUGUUAAUUGAAGAUGUCAAGGAACAGCUGCAUCAAAUUCUUACUUAAGGAGAGUUCAUGAGGACCUUUUUUUUUUUUUCAGUUUAAACUGGAGGAAUGUGACAAAAUUUAUGAUGGAAAAAAAAAUUUAAUGUUUUAUUUUACACAAAAUUAUAUCAUUGCACUUAAUUGUGAUAUUUGUGUUUUGUAAAUGUAAAUAAUAUUCAUUCAUAUUUGUAUGAGUUUUCUAAUAAAUUUAUGUUUCAUUUUA